AUGCUCAUGGAGGGCGCUGAAGAAGCUAUUGCAGAGUCGGCCCAGGCCGCAAAGGCCGAGGCGCACUCCCCAACAGGACCGGAGAUGAAGCAGGAGUCGCCCACCGUUGCGACCGACCUGGGCGAAACCCCUCCAUUCCCACUGAAGCGACCCCGCGAUGCGAGCGCAGAAGACCCCGAUGCCGAGCCCAAGAGGCUAAAGGUCGACGACGAGGCCCCCUCUCUCGACCUCAACUUCGACAUGGACGCCAUGAUCCAGGGCGUCAUGAUGGACAUCAACAACGAGAUGGGCAAGGUCGACGGCCUGGAUUCCGUCUCGGACGUCGACAUGACGGCCGACGCCUUGGCCUCUGUGUCGCAAGACACCAACCAUUCCGUCGAGCCGCACCCCAUUAUCCUCUCCGAACCCUUGGCCUUGAUGAGGCGCACAACCACCUCAUGUUUGUCAAACUUUGCCAUGCAGCUCCUUGUCAUCAUGUCGCAACACGUCUACGACGAUAUCUACCGCCAGUUGCAAGACAAGGAUACCGAACUCUCAAAGUCCUACAGCACGCUCAAGACCAUUUUUCGCCAAACGCGAUCGAUUUACUCGACGACCGAUCUUAUCUUGGACCCCGCCGUACUAGAUCUGACUGCGCCAGACAACCUGACCGAUAUCCAAGUCGCGAAUCUGGCAAGCUUCUGUUGCGAGCUUUUCGCCUUCGACGGACACCACGAUUUGGCCUCGCAACAGCUUCUGGCACUUAAAGACAAGUUUUUCCCCGUCUUCCUGUCUGGCGACGAGAGCGUCUCGCACGACAUCUCCGAGCUGUUUGUGGCAGUCAAGACACAACUAGUCAUUGAGUCUGUAACAACAGCAGAUCAGUCAGCACCAGUUGAUCAGUUGAUCGCCGAGGCCUUCUCCUCCGAUCUCGAAGAUAAGCUACGCGCCAGACACGAUGGGACCGAGCUUACCCCCGAGGAGAAAGCCAUGGUAACGGCUGUGGAGGAGCGUAAAGCGGGCUUGAUUGCUUAUGCGUCAGGCCUCCCUGAUACUGUGCUAUUGAAGAUCGGCUACCCCGAAGAGGAUCUUUUCCGCCUGCUGAACACGUACCUUCGACAGAAGCUACACUCAUUGUCAGGACUCGCAUCAAGACAUGGCAUCGAGCUACCGCAGAUCCUGACGGACAGCGACUUGGACGCUUCGAUGCCUCCUGAUCUGGACGACCUGGGCAUAUCGUCCCUGUUGGAGGCUACGGAUGGCCUGGUUGCGCAGUACCUGCCUAGCGAUCCCAUUGACGGCUUGCCCUCCGAACAACCGCCCGUCCCGACGACCGAAACCAGUGCACCCCCCGCAGAGCCCACCACAUCCGCUCCGGAAUCCACUCCCUCGGCCGCGCCAGCUCCGAACGGUACCACGACCGAAACCCACGACUCGACAAGCGAUAUCCUUGCCCUGGUCGCCCAAAGCACACAAGAAUACGUCCGUACUACCCUCAACAAUCUCUCCCCGGCACCGUAUCAACCGACCGUGCCGACGCCGACGGGAGUAGUCCCAGCCACGCAGACGACAUAUCUGUCGCACCUACAACAGACUCAGCAGCAAUCCCCAUACUACGGAUACCCGCCGCCGGUCGAGCAACCGCCGCAGCCUGCGUCUCACGACAGCAACGAAAAGCUCCCACCUAGCCAGAGCCUGCCCAGCGCCGUGCUGUACGACAGAGCCCGCCAAGCCGCGUUGAGCAAGACCAACAACCAGCAGAGACGGGAGGGUACCACUUCAACAAGACGUCCUUGGACGCAGGAGGAGGAAAAGGCGCUCAUGACGGGGCUGGACAUGGUUCAGGGACCGCACUGGAGUCAGAUCUUGUCGCUCUUCGGCGCCGAGGGCACGCUUUCCAACAUACUCAAGGACCGGACCCAGGUGCAGUUGAAGGACAAGGCGCGGAACCUCAAGCUCUUCUUCCUGAAGACGAACUCGGAAAUGCCUUACUAUCUACAGGCCGUCACUGGCGAGCUCAAGACGCGUGCGCCCACGCAAGCAGCUCGCAAGGAAGCCGAAGAGCGAGCUCGGAUGAACUCGGAGGAGGAGCAAGCUCGCGUGCAGGGAAUCAUGACCCUCGCUGGCGGUCUCCAGCACCCGCAGCAGAACCGCCCGAGUGUCGCGCCGCCGACCGCACCCAGCACCCCUUUACAGUCUGCUGCCCAGAUGUCGUCGCACCACAUGGCCGCCCACGCCACGACACCGACGCACGCUGCUGCGUCUGCACCACCUGCGACACCGGCCGCCGCCACGCCCACUCACGCCCGAGUGCCGCAUGCCUCGUCACCAUACGCUGCAACGGCUGCCCAGCUUUCCCACACUCCCCACCACGCCCUCUCGCAGGCGCAAGCGCAAGUGCAGCCGCAAACGCCAUCGCACUCUCACAUCCAACAACACCACUCUCACCCGGGAACGCCACAACCGCAACAUCAGCAACAGCAACCGCAGCAGCCUCAGCAGGAGCAUGUUCAGCCGCAGGUCUCUCAAGCCGCAGAGCCCGCGCCACAAUACUCGACGGACUCGUCAGCGCCAGUCUACAGCCAAGAGAACGAAGAUCUCAAGGAGGCUGCACUCAUGCAGAGCCUGCGCGAGCUCGAAGCGUACAGCGGCAGCAGUGCCAGCCUGUCAUAG